GACUAUAACUGCACUGAACCAGGACAGUAUCUCACAGAAUUCAUGGUCACGGCCAGUGACACUGUACUAGAGUAGACUACCGAAUUUCGUCACACGUCAAUAAUUGUCAGCUAAAAGGUGGCCAUGGGACUACUAACUAGCGAAAAUUUGGAUGAGCCAAGUCGCUUCCAGUCGGAGCUGUGAUCACUAGAAAAACUGUACAAUCAUUUGAUUUUCGGCGACUUAUAGCUAAAUCUAGUUAAAUGUGCUGCUGCAUGAACAUAACCAAAAAACUGGGAUAGCUAUAGUAUAUGACCAUUCACUCAGAAAGCUGCACAGCAACUAUUGGUCAACAUGCAAGUCUCAUGCUUCUUUCUGCUAUUAACUGUUGUCACCACUGUCACAGCACAACCAGAAUGUUUAGACGGACAAAUUCGUCUUCCUGAAGUAACAGACACACUUCUUGACUGUCACAAUGGAGAAUGGAGAUGGAUCUGUCAUGAUGCAAGUCAGUGGAACAAUUCGAGAUCAGAAGCUACUUGUGAAAAACUGGGAUAUUCGAAUAAAUUUGGACUAGCGACCGGGUAUUUUCAGAAUGGUUCAAGAAGAGUAGUCACUCUGAGUGACUGCAAUGGACCAGGACUAACAGAGUGUACAGUGACACCUAGUGACAGCUAUAACUCUCUUGUGCGACUAGUGUGUCUCACGGUUACCUGUGCUGCUGAUGGAGAGACAAGACUGGUGGGUGGAUCCACUGACAGAGAGGGACGAGUGGAGAUGUGUGUGGGUGGCCGAUGGAGGACAGUUUGCACUGACAGUCAAAACCUGGAAGUUCUGGCAAGAGGCGUUUGUUUACGAACAGGAAUUCAAAGUUUAGUGUUAGAAGGAAGCACUGUGGCAGUAACUAACUCAUUUCCUCAUGGAGCAUUUCCAGAGUACAGCCUGAAGUGCGUGCAGCGACCCGGUGAAGAUUUGCGCUGUACUCCAGUUCAACAACAAUGUGACAGCUUUGUGGACCUUGGAGUUGUUUGUACGCAAUGAAUGUUCUAGGACUAGUACACUGUCUACACUGUCAACUAGCGUACAUGCAACUACACCGUUGCCUAGUACAACAUGCGGCCCUAUCAAAUCAGAUUUUAAAUUAGACUUUAAAUGUACUGGUAAUUCCACCAACCUCACUGCUGGCAUUGGUGUACUGGUGGCUCUGUUACUAGCCAUAUCAGUUGGUUGGAUAGUGUCCUGUGUUAUUCUACUCAGGAGAGGACAGACUGUGCACAAACAACACCAUCAAAAUGCAAGUCACAAGCUUAUUGCUGUUGGCCACUACUGCCAUUGCUACAGCUCAGUCUCCAGAGUGCUUCAAUGGACAACUUCGUGAAUCUAAUACAACACUUAGUUUACUUGAGUACUGUUAUGAUGGAGAAUGGAGAAGGAUCUGUUCCACAAACGGUCAGUGGAAGGAUACUGAUAUGUCAGUGGCGGUCUGUACAGAACUGGGCUACAGUGAAUCUGAAUCAACUACAAUUCAAACAAUUUGUCGAAAUCCAAAUCCUCCAAUAAAAGUGUUCAUUCUGAGUGACUGCAAAGAACCAGGACUAACCAAUUGCACAGUGGCAUCCAGUGACAACUGUGUUACCUCAUGCUUUAUUGUGAGCUUACAAACGUGCAACACAGCCAACUGUGCUGAUGGAGAGAUAAGACUGGUGGGUGGAUCUACUGACAGAGAGGGACGAGUGGAGGUGUGUGUGGGUGGCAGGCGAUGGAGGACAGUUUGCACUGGCAGUCAAGAACUGGCAGGAACUGUUUGUUCACAAAUGGGAUACAUCUUUGAAGAGAGCCCUGUGGCAAACUCAUUUCCUCCUGGAGCAUUUCCAGAGUACAGACUAAACUGUACGCAACUAAGCAAUGGAAUAUGGCACUGUAGUCCAGUUAAAGAACAGUGUGACAGCUUCGUGGAACUUGGUGUAGUUUGUUAUGAACGCUCAAAAAACAGCACAUCUACACAGUUACCUUCUAUAGCACGGACCCCCGGCAACGAAGACACUACAAGAACUGGCAAUUCCACCACCUUCAUUGCUGGCAUUGGUGUACUGGUGGUUCUGUUACUAGCCGUAUCAGUUGGUUGGAUUGUGUCCUGUGUUAUUCUACUCAAGAGAGGACAGACUGUGCACAAACAACAUGUUGAUGCAGGUACUAUCUCAACAAGGAGCAAUCAGAGCUACACACAACAGAACAUCAACACACAGCUCUACGCUGAGGCCACCCCUCCUGAUAAAACCUACAAUAGGCUGAACAGAAGUGAUAAACAGACGGAGGAAAUUGCUACCUAUGAUUAUGCUGAUCCCAACCAGAUAAGAGUAGAGCGUUCCCAAGCAACCAACCCACCACCAGUGAGUGGUGAAGCUAUCGUGAGAGAAGAGGAGUUCUACAUUGCUGAGGAUCACACGUACGCAGCUGUCAAUAAGAAAGCCAAGAAGAAAAAGAAGCUGAAGAUUGCAGAAUCGGAUGGAGAGGGAGAGAGUGAAGCCCCGCCUCCUUUUGUCAGCACCCUGGCUGAAGUGUAAGGUGGUGGUGACGGAACACUGUGAACUGAGAGUGAGUCAGACAAUUAUAUAACUUUACUGACUGAAUUAAAACAUUCAUAGUAGCUUUAGCUAGAAAUUGAAAACACAAUUGAUUACACCAAUACGUUAGUACACUAUUAUUGAGACAGUAAAUUUUCUAAGUCACAGUUUUUAAGGAAGUAAAUUUUAAUUGUCAUUUCCUGUAUAAAAAUACAAUAGUUGGAUGUCAUAGACAGUAUUAUUUGCAUAUAGAAAGAUCAGUCUAGCUCGUAGUCAACAUGAAAGUUUUGCAUGUACUACUGCUAUCUAUCAUCACCAUUGUAUCAACUCAACAACCACAAGACAACUUCAACAAACAAACAAAAUUUCUGAUAUCUCUGAGUACUGUCACCAUGGAGAAUGGACAUUCAUCUGCCAUGGUGACAGUCAGUGGAACCAAGAGAGGACAAUAUCUGCAUGCACACAACUGGGUUACAGUA